AUGGCCCGCUUCUACUUGAUCUUCAGUCUUGCGGCCGCCGCAGGACUCGCCUCAGCCACCGACAUCUGGGGCUACGGAGAGCACACCACCGGUGGAGCAGCCGCCCCAAAGAGCAGCAUCUACACCGUCACAGACUUCAACGAGCUCCGUACAGCGCUCGACAAUAACGGAGCCCCUCACGAUCCAAAGAUCAUCUACAUCAACGGCCUCAUCGACGGUGACUACCUCGCCGAUGGCUCCCUAGCCACGGAAGAGCACUAUGCCCGCAACGGGAAUUAUACGUUUGAGCGCUACCUUGACUCGUUCAACGCGACGCUGCGCGCUAUCCUGGGUAACUCGACGGACCCGGCGGACGCGGCGGAGCUUGCACUCCUUGACGCGCAGGAGACGUUCCGGCAGGCGGCGUCGAACGAGCAGGAGGCGCAGAUUGUGCUCAAGAUUGGGAACAAUACGACGAUUGAGAGCGCAAAGAAGGCGAAGGUGGCCAGGAUCCAGAAUUCGUACAUUGCAUUGAAUCAGACGGAUAAUGUCAUUCUGAAAAACUUUGAGGUUUACUCUCCCAUCGAUCUCUUCCCCGAGUGGGACCCCACCGAUGGCUCAACUGGUAACUGGAACUCCAAAUACGAUUGCAUCGGCGUCGUGACCAGCACCAACAUCUGGAUUGACCACAUCACGCUCUCCGACGGCGACCACCCCGACUCCGAUGAACCCAUCGUAUUCGGACACCAGAUCCAGCGCCACGACGGCCUCAUCGACAUCACCGAGGGCUCCGAUGCCGUAACCCUCUCCUUCAACAAGUUCCUCUCACACGACAAAACCAACCUCAUCGGCAACAAUGACGCCGGCAACCUCGGCCCCGGCGACACCGGCCGCCUGCACGUCACAAUGUACGGCAACCACUACUACAACUCACUCCAGCGCAGCCCGCGCGUGCGCUUCGGCGAGGUGCACGUCUUCAACAACUACUUUGAGGGUCAGAGCUCGGGCGAUGAGAAGAUCGUCUACUUCUUCGGCAUGGGCAUCAACUCCACCAUCCUCUCUGAGCGCAACGCGUUCGAAAUCAACGGCACCGAGUCGAUGACCACCAAGACGAACCUCGUGGUCGGUAACUACAAGGGGUACAAGUUCAAGGAUGUCAAGUCGACUGUCAAUGGCACAGAGGUUGAUCUCGAGGCGGUCGCAAAGACAAAGUAUGAUGCGGCUAAGGCGUCGGAAGUUGCGGCGGCGGCGGCAGCGGGCAGGGUCGUGGCGGAGUGGGCGACGCAUGAGUAUACGGAUGUGGUGUUUACGCCGCCGUAUGAGUAUCGCCAGAAGAAGACGGAGGAUGUGGCCAAGUGGGUGUUGAAGAAUGCGGGGUAUGGGAACUUGUAG